UCUAUCUAUCUAUCUAUCUAUCUAUCUAUCUAUCUAAUUUUUAUUUUCCUUUUUAUUUGUGGUCCAGUGCACAAUUGUUGGCACCCUUUCAUAAAGUACACACACUCUAAUCAUUGAAAGACUUGCUGGAAUGCAGUUAAACAUUUCAGGAGGUGGCUGGUUUUGGAAAAUAUUAAACUCCGUUGCAAUCGCAGUCACUCAUUUAUGUUUUAUCUCAUCGCUCUGAUUUAUUUCCUUUAACCGCACACCCCCAAACUUACUACGCUGUCACACUGGACACAGAUUGAUUUGAAGCCUCUCACACACUGCAGUGGAAAGCAAGGUGGCUGCUGCUGCACUCGGCCAUGCGUUGAACGAUGGUGCAUCAGGAGAAAUGUGUUUACCAGGCCCAAAGGCUUGAGAGGGAGUCCAUCAGACAGAAACUGGCCCUCGGCAGUUUCUAUGAUGAUGGGCCGGUUUUCUACACCGGCAACAGCUGUUCUACCCCACGGUUUCAGAACGGCGUGAACCUGCAGGUGUGCUUUGUGAACGACAGCAGCAGCGAUAAGGACAGCGAUGCCGAGGACAGCAGGACAGAGACGAGCCUGGACACGCCCUUAUCUCCUGUGAGUAAACAGAGCUCGUCUCUCUCGGACCGGGACACGUGCGAGGAAGACGAGGAGGACGGGGAGUUUUGGCGGCUGCGGCGGCGGCUUGAAGAGGAAGCACGCGGGGCUCUGGCUCUGGCUCGACCCAUGGCACGCAUGCAGGUGGAAGUGGAAAGGCAUGUGCAGCUACACCGCAGGUCUCCGGUGGCCGAUCUGUUGCCACACAUGCCGCACAUCGGCGUGAGUCUGAUGAAGAGGAGCCUGAGGCCCAUGGACCUACGAGAUAUGAGUCUGGGUCAGUUACAGGUCAUCACCAACGACCUCCACUCACAGAUACAGGGUCUAAACGAGGAGCUCGUGCAGCUCCUGCUCCUGAGAGACGAGCUUCAUAUGGAGCAGGAUGCCAUGCUGGUGGACGUGGAAGACCUGACCAGGCCUGCGCACAGUCAGCAAAGAAGCAUCUCCAAAAGAAAAGGCGCCUGCUCCCUGUGACUCUCCGGAGCUGCUCGAGGUCGUUCGGCGAUCAGUUGUUGUGACAUCGCUCGCAGCUCGGCUUAACUAGUCUCACUUUCCUUGUGCUCUAAGCUUCGUGUGGAUGUUUGGACGUGUGGAUGUGUUCUCAGUAUCAAUCGGUCAUGCUGUGAGCUUACGUGCUAGCCCCAUGCUGUUGCAGAGGAAUGUAAUGUCCUCAGCCACUCGUGGUGCGUAAAACUGAAAACAAUUUUGAUCUGCCUGCAUGCACUUAUAGAUUACACAGGGGCCAUCAAAUGCAUAUAUAUAUAUAUAUAUAUAUAUAUAUAUAUAUAUAUAUAUAUAUAUAUAUAUAUAUAUAAAAUAUAUAUACACACACACACACACACACACACACACACAUAGCUAGAUAUUGUUAAGCUUUAUCCCGAGCAUCAUCAUUUUUGUUAUAAAAAAUCCUACAAAAAAACAAGAUCAUAUUCUAAUUGUAGAAUUCGAAUUAUAGUUAUAAUUUUGUAACACUAAGUUGCUCCACCGUUAUAGUUAUAUUUUUGUAAUUUUAUAUCACACCCCAACGAUCUCAUCAGUAAUUCAAAUUCAUCGAUUCCAUAACUUUAACAUUAUACUUCGAGAAUGCGAAUUCUAUUAUUUUAUCGAUAGUAUAGUUCAAUUCUCAACAUUCCAUAAUUCUAGUUUUCAUUCUAUAAUUAGAUCUUAGCAAGUAUAGUCAUUUUAUCAUUAUACAAUGAUGGACUUCUCUAUAUAGGAAAUUAUAUCAAUAUAUCGAAUUCUAAUUCCAUUGCAGAAGUUACAGAAGUGUAAACCAGGCACUGGGGUUAUAAUGUAAUUCUAGUCGUUACAGAAUUUGAAUCAAAACAAAAAUAUGAUUGAGAUUGCUAGGAGAGUUUUAUCAAGAUGCCUUUUUUUGUGGUGUGUUUGGUGAAUCCGCGGCUAUGUUAGCAAAGUUUUAGCAGCUCUCUGUUAUAAAUAUAGUAUAUCCUUAACUGGCAUUUAAAUGAGGGAAAAGUAGCUGAAAUGUUGUCUUUACAUCUUUAAAUGAACCCACAGACAUGACGAGACAUCGUUAGUAUCACCUGUAUCAAAAAUAUACGUUCUAAUGAUCCACAUCUUACAAUUGGUCACACAACUUAAGCUAAUAGUCUGCUGUGUUAUAGUUCGCUUUAAAAGGCAACGCAAGAUUACAUUCCAAUACUGAAGCAGGGUAAAUAGAUUACUGGGUUUCCAGCUCUCGUACGUUAAACGAUAACAUUUUCCCACACUAGUGCAGUCCUUUAUUCCAAAAACACAACAAGUACGUUCCCAAAAACGAAAGCUUGUGUUGCCACAACACAGCUUUAAAGUCUAACGGCCAUCAGGUGUAAAUAUUCCCCAGAGCAUGUUUUUUCCAAUUCUGAUGACGUUAACCAUGAAAUCAAUCCAGAUUCUAAAAUUUCCGUUCACUCCCGUUUUCUGAUCCGAUGUGGCCCAACAUUCCAGUGUUAAAGCAGUUCUGGAUCGUAUCAGAUUUCUAAACGAAACGUUACGAGCACUUGUCUUGUCCCAUACCGUCAACGUAUAAAGCGUGUCAUAGUUGUCAGUAUUGUUUCUUGUGAAAAGAAAGAAAUCGUCAAAAAAUUCUUCUUGACUUAGUAACAAUGUCCGCAAGUUUGAACUGCCAUCACGUGUGAAUGUAACCAGAGCACUUUGUCAAAUUUCUUUUUUAUGAACUAGUCAUUAAAGUAGCUAAUGCUACCAUACAUUCCAAGAAUGAAGCAGAAUAUGAGAUUAUUGUACGUCGCAUUUGUGUUUCUUUUGUUUGUUUUGAAAAUGAAAAACAAAAAAACUUUUUUUUUCUAAAUGUCAAUUUGUUUUCUGAAUUUGAGUCAUUUUGGGUUUGUGGGAUUCUUAAACAACCCAUGAUCUAUCAGUGACUUCACGUUGUGGCUUUGCUCCUGGAAUUUCAUAUGGAUCACUACAUGCGUUUGUAAAGCAGCAUGAGAUUUACAGGAAAUUGGAAUCCCAGACAUGUCCUCUUUUUACAAUGUUAUGCAAUGCGCAAAAUCCUCACAGUCUCAUUGCAGAACAAACCCUUACCCCCCAAAACACUUUAACCCACCCCAUCCCACCCCAUCCCACCCCGUGUUCUACUCGAUUGUCUACAAACUCUGGAAAUGUUGCUCUAGUCUGUAUUAUAUUACGUAUCAUUUGUGGACAUUUCUUCCAGACCACAAAUGAAAUACAUUUUUACUUCCAGGUUAGGAUUUCAAUCUUAGAUUCAAUUGGCAAUAAUAAAAAAAAACACAAAUUAAUACAAUGUACAUGAACCAAAUAGCUAAGUAAAUACACAAGGAAUCUUGUAAAAAAAACAACAACAACAACAACAACAACAGACAACUGUAAAAUGAGCUGUUAGUGCUGCCUUUAUUACUUUUUGUGAAAUCUAAUAAAUGUACCUUUGCUUUGGUGCUUUAGUUGGUUCGUGUGGUUUCUUAGGACAAGCGAAUUUUCCGUUACGACUUUUAUCGUUUGUUUGUUUCUGAAAGCACGGUCCUGUUGCAAUUUUUUAACUACUAGCUAAAGUGACACAAAGCGAUCGAUCGCAUUUGGCGAAAUAACUAAUCAGAACCAAGCUGAAUUUUUUUAUUCACAAUAUUUAAUGAUAGACUUCGAAAACAUCCGAACUGAUAUAAAUGAUAUCAUUAGAGUCAAGCUCUUUACAGAACGGUUCUCUAGUUGGAGGAAAUGUUUAAACUUGUCUUUAAUAUUAAAUGGUUUCGGUGCAAAAGUCUUAAAAAAGGGUCCCAUGGAACCCGUUCCCGAUAUUGUUUCGCAAAAUCUAUCGAAUUUCAACGGCGAGCAGCGUGAGAGGGAUUUGUACCACAUUGAAAAAAGUUUCUCAGAUGAAGUCAGAGUUUGUUUAAAGCUGUGGUUGAUAUUUAGCCUUCAUGUUCGUUGUUUGUAGUCUGGAAAAAAAAAACAAUAAAAACAAAAAAAUUAAAAAAUU